AUGUCUUCGAAAUUUUUAGGAACGUUGGCUCGCGACAUUGGAAACUUAUUAAAUGAUAGUUUAGAUGAAUGUAAUGUUAUAAUAGAAGUUGGUCAGUCGCCGAAUUUUCAAAUAUUUCACGCUCAUUCAAUCAUAUUAAGAGCCAGGUCUCCUUAUUUUCGAAGUGCUCUUUCAAAAAAUUGGGCAAAAAAAGAUGGUGAUCUUAUGACUUUUUCAAAGCCAAACAUCUCCCCAAAAGUUUUUGAAAUUAUUCUUCAUGGAACUGUUUCCAUGACUGACAAAAGUGUGAUGGAUGCUCUUGAUCUCUUGGUUGCUACAGAUGAAUUAUUAUUGACCGAAUUGUCUGAUCAUGUACAAGAAUAUCUUCUCCAUCAACAAAAUAGUUGGCUUCAGAAUAAUCUUAUUGUACUUUGGCAAAAAGUUCAUCUUAUUGAAUCUUGUCGAAAACUUCAAGAGUAUUGUCUUCAGAUCAUUUGCAAAAAUCCUCAUUAUCUUUUUGAAUCUAAUAAAUUUUUAUCUAUGGAUUCUUCAUUACUUGAACCAUUCUUAAAGCUUGAUAACCUUCAAAUUGAAGAAGUAGAAAUUUGGGAUUAUAUCAUUAGAUGGGGCGUUGCUCAAAAUCCUUCUUUAGAUAUUGCUAAGAUUCCAAGUUGGACUCCCGACAAUUUUGAUGCUCUGGGUAAGACUAUCGCUAAUUGUAUACCACUUAUUGGUUUCUCUCAAAUUUCUUCCACGGAUUUUUUUGAUAAAGUUUGGCCGUUUAGAAGUAUCUUGCCCCCGGGUAUUUUGGAAGAUAUUAUGAGAUACCAUUUGAAACCUUCUUCUCCUCCACGACCUGUUGUAUCGGCCCGAAGAUUGCAAUUUGAUUCCACUCUUGUCAGGCCUUGUCAUGCUGCUUUAUUAGCAAGCUGGAUUGAUCGUCUUGGCCAAAAACGUUAUCUUUAUGAUGAAAUUCCUUAUCAUAGUUUUCUGUUUACUUUUGGAAAUCGGGGCAUGGUCGAAGAUGCAAAAUUGAGUCGUGUAUCAAGACAAAGAUCUUAUUAUGCUAUUCGAUUCAAUGGAAGGGGCUAUGGCCCAUGUUUUGGUGAUAAAGAUCUUUCUAUGAGAGAGAAUUUCAAUUUAGAAGGAAGUUGUUCGUGUCAGAAAGAUGAUUACUUAGAUAGUAUUACUGAGUCUACUACUUUUUCGGUUGACGA